AGUUCCCUAACCGCCCACGGACUUCGCUCCGCUUCUAGUGCUUCGCGAAGCUGCGGUUCGGUAGCUUCAAGGCUCCCAAAUUUCGGGGACUCGAAAGCAACCCGCCGCCUUGACCGUGAUGGGCCAAAGCCAUCCUCUGCGAGCUGCUGGGACUUUAGGGUGUCCCUGGGCCCCCCGUAACGGCUGGCUUCAGGCUGGCGUUGGAAGUCUGCUGCCCGGCGAGCAGUUUUACUGCGCUGCCGGCGGGAGACGGGACUGUGCUUUUUCCCUGCUCCUCCGCUCUCCCAAUUGCUCAGUGUGCUUGUAAAGCCUUAGGACAGCUGCUCCCCUCAUGGCUUGACCCCGUCGCUCUCGUUUCCCCGUCCCGUCGGCUGUUUGGCCCAUGAGGCCAAAUCAAACAGGUGGUAGAAGGCCCUCUUGGUUGCUGGGCCUAGUUUGUAGAAGCGUUUCCCUCCCCUUCCCCCCAUUGGCUGCUUUAAGAUGGCGGACCAGCUCCCAGAAUUCUCCAGUUGGCUGGCUUGGGAAUUCUGGAGGUUAACAGAAUAACAGAGUUGGAAGGGAUCUUGGAGGUCUUCUAGGCCAACUUCUUCUCCCUGCUCAAGCAGGAAACCCUAUACAAAGUCUAACUGGCCAAGUUUGGGGGAGGAAAAAAACACUGCCUUAAAACAAAAAGGGCUGCUUCAUUCAAAGGAAUUUCAAAGCACCCUUGCUACUUUACUACUUUUCUCUCAGUUGUGCUUCUUUCCAACUACGCCAACUGAAAAAAGGACCUUGUAGAUGCUAACAGCAAUGGUGGGAAAAGGCUUUACCCCCCCUUGGCCUUUCUUUCAAAGGCCAAGUGGGGGUAAAGUGUUCCGUGUUUCAAGAGGAGACUUGGGUUUCUCAAAACAAAGCUGCCCAAAACCAAAUCUAAUGUCCUUCAGGGCAAUCCUAUAAAAUUUCAAGAAAGAGAUUGGCACCAUGUUAACUGUGUGGUUCUCUCUCAUUUGCUGCAGUGCUUUCCAUUUUUUCUGCUGGCUCCUGCUCUUGUCCGUUCCAGCAUUGAGCAUGGUAAAGAAGAAUACUAUCCCUGAUGGAUGGAGGAAUGUACCACCAGUUGGACAACCUAUACCAGGAACUCGAUUCAUUGCUUUUAAAGUACCCUUAAAAAGGGCAAUCAAUAAUCGACUUCCACAACCUCAAAAGUUUACACCAAAAGAUCUCAUUGCUGCAGUGAAAGCUUUCAAUAAGGAGCUUGGUUUAAUCAUUGAUUUAACAUAUACAACAAGAUACUAUAAUAUCAAGGAUUUGCCCAAAAAUAUGGAGUAUAAGAAACUUUUUACUGUAGGACUUGAAGUACCAGAUGAUCCUACUAUUCUACUCUUUAAAAAAUUGGUCAGAAAAUUCCUAUGGGAAAAUGCAGACAAUGAGAAACUCAUUGGAGUACACUGUACUAAUGGAAUCAAUAGAACAGGUUACCUUAUAUGCAGAUAUCUUAUUGAUGUUGAAGGUUGGGAUCCAGAAACAGCAAUCCAAGCUUUUGGAGAAGCACGUGGUCACCAUAUGGAUGGUCAUAUAUAUCUGACAGAUCUUAAAACUCAGCCAAUGAGAAGCAACCUGGGGAUGAAUAUGUGGGAUGCUGAUGGAGAUAUUGUGCCACCGCCAGAUGAUAUAGAUGGACCUAUGGAUCGAUUUCCAAAUGAAGAAUAUUCUAGGCAUGGUAAAAGACUAAGAGUUUAUGAUGAUGGCCCCAAUGACUUACCAGAACAGAUCAGAUUGAGAGAGUUUGAUUUUAUUAAUAAGGGUCCUGGGAAACGUCGAAAACCAUAUCAUGAUCACCCGUUUCAAGAUGACAUGCAGCCACCACUGCCACAAAUAAGACGAAGGCAUUUCCCUGACCACCAGUUUCAUGAUGACUGCCAAGAAGAAAUGGAAAUUAAAGAUUUCAAGUUUAGUACAAGAGAAACAGGGCACAGAUUUCAAUCUUUUGAAGACGACCAGCUUGAUGAUGACUUUCCAGGAAAUGUAUCAAGUAGGGACAUUAAUAUGAACCGUAGUCAAAGGCGCAGACGUUUUCCUGACACUUCUUAUAACCAUAGACCAACAAAUAGCCAGCUCAAUGGAGGCCGAGGAAGAAGACGAAGACCAUUUUACAAUCGACAGUCUAGUGGUGAUUUUCAGUCACCCUUGCAGGACAAAAAUCAGUCAUUCCUGAACAAGAGACCUGUGGAAAGACUAAGAGUGUUUCAGAACUGUCCUGUUCGUGAUGAUGUCCAGUCACCAGUGGGAGAUUUUGAGUAUGUGACUAGGGGACAUGGACAAAGAAUGGUACCUUUCCUUGACCAGCAGCAUCACAGUGAAUUACGAAGAAAAUUGUCAUUAGAAGAUUUUGAUGAUGAAGAUUAUAAUAGAAGAAGUAGACCAUUCCUUGAUAAUCAAUCAUACUGUGAUUUUAGUAAGGAGUCACAGCUGAAAGAUUUCCAAAACAGGGCACCUGAACAAAGGCUGAAUUCUUUUAAUGAUAAUUCAACUCACAUUAAUGAGCCAUAUGAGGAAUAUACUGAAAGAAGCUAUUGUUUUCCUUCUCAUGAGUACUACGCAGAAUCUCCCUUACUUCAGAGAGAUUAUGGCUUUGAUAAAGAUAAUUAUAGUAGAACUUGCAGAUCUGAUUGCCCUGACGAUUACAGGACAAUCCAUCCUUUGGAGGUAAUUAACAGAGGAGGAAAAGCUAGAUUUGCUCCAUAUUCUUCUUACCCAACCCUUCACUCUUCAUCUUCACAUCAGGAAUUGAGUUCAAUCUCAUUGCGCAGUGGAAGGGAACAUCAGUAUGAAAUUAAGAGAGAGAUGAGCCAGGGGAAAAGAUUUCCAGUUGUAACAAUUGAUUAUAAUUAUGGCUUGCCUUUAGACUAUGCUUCUGAAGAAGAAAGAGCUCGUUAUAAUUCACAUGCAAUAGAGCGCUACAUUUUGAAUUGAAUUGGCUGUGUAUGUGCAUGCAUUCCUUUAUAAACAUCUUCCUGCAUAUUGACCAAAUUACUUCUAAAGUUUAAAAAAAGCUUCGUUAUCAUUCAACAUUACAAAAAUCUGUUACAAGUCUAGUUCUGUUUUUUCACAUUUUAAAUGAUAAAUAAUUGGUGAAAAUAAUGCCUUUUAUGUAAAAUCAAAUUAAGUUCUCUCACUCAUGAGAUUGAGCAACCCAUGAAUAACUGCAAAUGGUUCUCCCUGCUUUCCUCAACAUAUGUUUGAAAUGUUUCAGCUAAAAUGUAAUAAAACAAUUGGAUUACUGAUUUUGAUAGAAUGUUACUCUAAAGUUGGCUUUGAAAGGAAAGAAAAAUAUAUAAAGAUAAAAUAAAUCAGUUCUAGUAAUGUGGCUUAUUCUUUUGAUAAUCUAGAAUUUUCAAUAUUUCUUUUGGAAAAUGUGCAUGUAAAUAUUGUUUCAGAAAAAAAAACCUGUCACACUAGAAAAAAUAAUAAACUUGAGAUUUGUGUUCGGUUAUUAUACCUAUAUUAUAUCAAAAAUAUUUCACUUUUUAGUUGAGAGACCAGAUAAUUAGAAAUCAGCUACUUGGUUCCUUCCUUGAAAUAUGGGUGGCAAAUAAUUUAAAAACAAACAACCAAACCUUCCUUUCUUCCUUUCCUUCCUUCCCUCCCACCCUCUUUCCUUCCUUCCUUCCGCUCCAUAUAUUCCCCGGCCCAUGCGUGCUUUUACAGCAUUCUGAAUAACUAUUGCUGAAUUCAGAGUUUACGUUUCAGUUUUUAAGCACAGUAAAAAUAACAUUACCAUUCUAAUUUCUCAGAUGAUUAACUAGCUUCUUGGAUAUUAGACAAAAAAAGUAUCUCAAUAUCGUAUUUCACAUCCCAGCCACAAGUAGGGCGCACAUGGAAUAUGUUAUAUGAAAUGUCAAAGUCCUGCUUCAGCCCUGCAAAUAUUCUAUACUAAAGGGGCACUGUUUAUUCCAUCUGCACUACAAGUGCAUUCAACUCAAGUAUGGGCACAAUUAUUAUUUUGUUCUUAUUUGCAUCCAUAGUCGUCUUUUGCCUCUUUGGAAAGAAUUCAAAUUUAGGACCAUAAUUCAAGUCCCAUAAUACAUCUCAGAUGUGAUUCUACCUCACAACGCUGGAAUCAACACGCAAAUUCAGGGCCUUCAUACACAUUUUCACAUAUCGGGUUAAACUCUUCUUUUCCUUAGCAGGUCUAAUUUCCUAGAUACUUGCUGAUAAUUUUGUCUUCUCAUGGACCAAGACAAUACGUGAUAAAAAUGGAACACUUAAUUUUUUAAUUCAAGUGCUUAUGGUAGGGUAAGAACAUACAGUAGUUAGCUUUCCUGGACAACUGAUUUCUUGUUCUGUUCCUCCUUGUGCAGUUAGACUGAAAGAAGAGCAAAGCAGGGAUGAAAUACUCCCGAUUCAGACCAGCUCGCCCGAUUCGGUAGCAAUGGUGGGUGGUUCGGAGAACCGGUAGCAAAAAUCCCUGCCCCUGCUGAGCAGUGCCAUCAUCAGAGAUUUGUUUUUUUU